GCGCCGCCGCCAGUGAGGCUGCGCUGAGGCUGCGGGGCCGGAUGGCCGAGCCGCCCGCCCCGCUCACUCGGGCGGCGGCCGGCGGCGGGCGAGCAGCCGGGGCGAGCCCUCCCUGCAGGGAGAGCCAGCCCUGCGCCGGGCAGCGCCAUGGUCUCAUGGAUCAUCUCCAGGCUGGUGGUGCUUAUAUUUGGCACUCUUUACCCUGCCUAUUACUCUUACAAAGCCGUGAAAUCAAAGGACAUCAAAGAAUAUGUCAAGUGGAUGAUGUACUGGAUCAUCUUUGCUCUUUUCACCACCGCAGAGACCUUCACCGAUAUAUUUCUUUGCUGGUUUCCAUUCUACUAUGAACUCAAAAUAGCUUUUGUAGCAUGGUUGCUGUCUCCAUACACAAAAGGCUCCAGCCUCCUGUACAGAAAAUUUGUUCAUCCAACACUGUCUUCAAAAGAAAAGGAGAUCGACGACUGCCUGGUGCAGGCCAAGGACCGCAGCUACGACGCCCUGGUGCACUUCGGCAAGCGGGGGCUGAACGUCGCCGCCACGGCCGCCGUCAUGGCAGCCUCCAAGGGGCAGGGGGCCCUGUCCGAGCGGCUAAGGAGCUUUAGCAUGCAGGACCUGUCGAGCAUCCGCGGGGACAGCAGCAGCAGCGCUCCCGCCCCGGUCACCGUGCGAGCCAGCGGCAGGCAGAGCCAGCCCAAGGCGCCCCGCAGCGCCGCGGCCGGCGGCGGCUCAGGCACCGCCUAGGACUCUUCGCCCUCGCUUCAGGAAGAAAAGUACCUCGUCCCCUGCCACUG